CAAGAACAGAGGAAGAGAUAACAUCAAGAUGCCCAAGAGUGAGGAAACUGUACUCCAAAAUGAUCCCAAUGAAGCAAAGAGUGGAGCCCAUAGUUCUGAAACAUCAGGGAAGAACGAAGAAGAGGAAAACUUCUGUUUAGAUAACUGCUCUCCUCGUCUAAUGGAAACAAUUAAGGAAGUUUCCAGGAUGAGCAUUGCUCAUGAAAUCAUGGUAAACCAAGAUUUCUACAUGGGAGAGAAUGUUUUACCUCCAAACAGUACGGAAGACAAGUUCAUGGAGACAUUGUACAAUGUUUUUUGGAACCAUCUAAGAGAACAACUCUUGAGCAAUCCUCCCCAAUUCACUUGUGCUCUUGAACUUAUGACAGAAGUUAAGGAGUGUAAAUAUUAUAUUUCUCCCUAUGACAGGGGCAUCUUCCAUGUUCUGGGCCUAAUGAAAAUGGACAUGGCGAACUAUACCAUCCAGAGCAUUCGACCCUACCUGCAGGAAUAUUCCAUCCAGUAUGAAAGAGCUAAAUUCCAGGAACUCCUUGACAAACAGCCNGAUCUCCUUGAUUACACCAAGAAAUGGCUAACCCAAGCAGCCACAGACGUCAUUACACCAUGUCCGAAUCCUCCUGACACGUCCAGCUCCUCUAGCACAGCCUGUUCAUCUCCAAACGAGGCAGCUGAGAAUUCAGAUCCUCCCAAUCCCGUAAUGGUGCUAUACCAGGGCUACCUGAAUCUCCUCCUCUGGGAUCCUGAAAAUGAAGAAUUCCCUGAGACUCUGCUGAUGGACAGAAACCGGGUCCAGGAAAUGGGGUCCCAUUUGCGCCACUUGGCUAUAUUGGCCUCAGUCUUACUAGUGGCUAGAAGUUUCUCUGGUAAAAUUUUAUUCGACUCACCUGGAUUUGUGGAUAAACUGAAA